AUGCCGAGACCCAAACGAGCGCGUCGCGCGCCACCCGCGCCCGUCGCCGUCGCGCCGGAGGAAAAGUCGAGCCCCGCGCCCGCCUCGGGCAGCGACAUCUACAGCCACAGCGAUCGCGAACACUCGGUCAUCCGCAAGGAGCUCGAAAAGGAGGAUGGGCCUGGGCCGUCUCGCCUCACGGGAGGCGCGUCUGCGCGUCCGAGUAGGAGCUCGAGCUUGCGCCAGAGGAAGGCCUUGGAGAAGUCAGCACGCGCGCGGGACGAGGCCAUGAGCAGGUUGGAGGACGAGCUGGAUACGACGUCUUCUAAGGCAAAGACGUUGAGCGAACAGCGGCAAAAGUCUGACUCCUCGGUCGAGUUGGAGCUGGGCAGGAAGACGCGCUCGACGCCGGUACAGCACCGGAGGGACACGACGGGGUUGGAUUUGGACGACGACAUGUUUGAGGGGCUCGACACUACGAUAGGCGACGACGAUGAUGCCGCUGCGCCGCCAAGUGCACCUCGUUCGGAUACCUCGACGUUCAGUGUUAGCCACUUCAAGCGUCGGGGCCGCGCGCCCAGUAUUAGCAUCAACAAGGACGACGCGCCCAUCAGACCGAGCAGUCGCGGUGUUGGCGGUACCCCAGGUAUCAGUUCGACGUUCAACAUUGGGCUGUUCAAGCGCCGUCAAAGGGAACCGAGUAUCUUGGGUACGGCACAGAAGGAGCGUGCGCAGCGGCCGAUCGAGCUAUCGUCCGGACCCGACUCUGACGAUGAAGAGGGCAACGGUUUCGAGCCCGAGGCCGAGUCAACACCUUUACAGAACAGGCGCAAAACGCAGCCGCCCCCAGCGACGGAGCCCGAGUCGGAGUCGCAGCAGGUCCUCGCACCGGAUUCACAGCCCGCCCAGAAGGAGGCGGGGCUCACUUCCAGCACCCGAUCACGCAAGCGCAAGAGCGUAGAGAGCCAUGAGGAGGCGGAGCGUCCAGGAAAGGCAUCACGGACCGAGCCUGAGCCUGAGUCUGUUCCUGAGCUGGGAGAUGACAACAGCGACUCGGAGCUCUCAGAGCUGCCCUCGCCCGUUCUCACGCCCACGCGGCCGUCUGCGCUGCCCCGCCCAACUACCCCGAACCGGGAUGAGAUUAUGGCACCCCCCGAGAGCAGUGAUUCCGAAGACAGCGAGGAGCUUUGGCCUGACAUCCGCACCCUCGCCAAGCAGCGCCGCCGUCGCGCCUCGCCGGUCACUCCAACGCGGGAUGGCAACGUCUCCGAUGCCUCCUCGCCACCGUCUCUCACGCACUCCCCCAACUUCCCGGCAACGAGAAACAAGUCCCGGCAGAAGAAGCAGGCCAAGUCGCCCAAAGUCACUACAGCGGAUCUGACCGGGCUGUUGCCCCGCAGACGCCACAAGAAGGCUCGAGACCCCUACAGCGUGGAUGACACAGAGGAGGGUGAGAUUGAUGCCUCAAACCUUGCAGAGCACGACGAUGAGCUCUCCGAAUCGGGCAACUUCCCGUGGUGGCAAGGCAGCUGCGUCGGCAGAAAAUGCCAGGGCGGUGACGCGUUCUGCGACGCGCACUUACAGCCGCCGUCUGUCGGACAAGGAGAACGGGGCGAGGACGCAGCCGAGGCCGAGGUUGAGGCAGAAGCAGAGCCGGAGGUCGAUGGUGAUAGCUUCGCCCCUAUCCAGGACGACGUCUUUGAGAGCCAGGAUAGCAGCGAUCCGAUCCGCAGCGCUGACGAGCUGAAGAAGGCAGCGCGCAAGUUCAAAGAAGUCGAUCGCUGGGAGUUGGAGUUCGAGGAGGUGACUGAGGACUCAUCGCCGAACCGAGAUGCGCGGUGA